AUGGAGCGCGUUCUAAUUCUACUACUAGGAUUUGGCUUAGUCCAAUCGUUUGUCAUACAUGAUGUGCAGGAAGCUUAUUCGGAAGAAAUAGACGAACAUAGCCUCAACACGAUCUACAAUAAACUUUAUUCGCUAGCCGAUCAAUAUGAUGAAGCAGAAAUUAUACAUUUUACGUUGUCAAACGGAAAUGUCAUCCCAGGUAUAAAGGUGUCCUUCAGUUCUUCAAAACUUGAUUUAGCUCUAGAAGGUGGAAUCGAUCGCACCGGAUGGAUUACUCCGGCCGUAUUGGUAUACUUUGCAGAAGAGCUUCUCACGAGUGAGAACCCUUUGGUGAGAAGUUUGGCCGAAAUCAUAAAUUGGCAGAUUUUUCCAACCAUGAGUCCAGAUGCUUACGAACACCCGGAAGUUUUCCCUAAAAAUGAAUUCGCCUAUAAGUUUCCAGUGCAGGGAUUUUUCGAAUCGACUGCCGAUAAUCAGCUUUGGGUCAACUCCUUCCCUUCUCUGCAACUUGAACGUCAAGGUUUGAUCGAAGGCAUUCCACGGCACUGGAUUUCAGAAAAUACCGAUCAACUCAACCCGCAAGAAAAGGCAAAAUUGCUUUUUGAGCAUUUGAUCAAGGCAGUAAAUUAUCACGACCAAGCUGUUAAGCCAUUUGUUGACUCAACUAAAUUGAACGCUGAAAUUUUUUCUCACAAUUGA